GUUUUAUUUAUUUUUGUCUAAAUUUUGUACAAGUUUUUGGCUGUCACCUGGCUCUCAUAGACUGAAAAACUAAAAAAAAAGGAAUGGCAAUGGAACUAUUUGUUCUGCACAACCUUCAAAAGGUUGAACAGUUUACGACCUUCGAACUGAAAUAUUUCCUUAUUAUCUACGCCAUCGUCGUCCUGAUGAUCCUGGGUGUUCCACUGGCUUUCUUACUUCAAAGCAAGGGCUCGGCAAGCGAGAGGGAUCGUUUUCAAUUGGAAGCCAAUCGAUCGCGCGACAAUCCACUGAGGGGACAAGCCCGGCGACGAAUCCGGGAUUCGAGUGCCUAAUAAGCUUUUAAUAUUGAUGUUGAUAUUCAUGGAAAUACAUUGAAUGCGGCGCAGCA